AUGACUGGAGGCGGCAAGUCCGGCGGCAAGGCCAGCGGGUCCAAGAAUGCCCAAUCUCGUUCUUCCAAGGCCGGCCUGGCUUUCCCCGUCGGCCGUGUUCACCGCCUGCUUCGCAAGGGCAAUUACGCUCAGCGUGUCGGUGCUGGUGCUCCCGUCUACCUUGCGGCUGUCCUAGAAUACCUCGCUGCCGAGAUCCUCGAGCUUGCUGGCAACGCCGCUCGUGACAACAAGAAGACUAGAAUCAUCCCCCGCCAUCUCCAGCUGGCCAUUCGGAACGACGAGGAGCUCAACAAGCUGCUCGGACACGUCACCAUUGCGCAAGGCGGUGUCCUGCCCAACAUUCACCAGAAUCUGCUUCCCAAGAAGACUGGUGGCAAGACUGGCAAGAACGCGAGUCAAGAGUUGUAG